AUGUCAUUUUUGAAUCAAUUCCGAAGAUUUCUACUCUCUGCGCGGGAUUACGCAAAAUAUCUUGUAUUGAAAGAGCUAGCGGUCGAUGUGGGACCAAUCAUGUAUCUUGAAGACUUUGCCCGACUCAUUUUGUCAGAGAUCGAGGAGUCGCUGCAUAAUUCAUACGGGAAGAGACACCCAUACCUUGCAAUAACGUGGAAUCUAUAUGGAGUACCUGUCCUUCAGGGCACGCUGCCGAGGCGUGCCUGCGAGAACUCGACCUGGGACGUGAUGGGUAACCCCAAUAAGAGGGUGAGUGUCAAUAAGUUGGCUAAAUUUUUGAACCGGGUUUGA